AUGGCGAGAUCUAGCUAUUCUACGCCGAAGGUGCUAUUUGGCCUUGUGGUUAGUGUUGUCGUGUCCUCCGCUCUCGCCUUGCCGAGCUCCCUUUACAAUUCCAAGAUCCUGUCCCGAGCGGAACAGGUCAAGGACGAGUAUGACUACAUCAUUGUUGGUGGAGGUACAGCUGGUCUGACUGUUGCAGACCGGCUUACCGAGGAUGGGAAAUACUCUGUUCUUGUGAUUGAGUAUGGUUCUUUCGACAACUCGACCUCUGUGACCACUAUCGGCGGGGGAGGUGGAGGAAUUGGAAAUGCAUCGCAUCUUUUUAUUCUUAAUUCUGUCCCUCAACCGAAUCUAAUGAAUAAGACCACCGCGGUUAUCGUUGGCAAGCUCCUCGGAGGCAGCUCUGCGGUCAAUGGGUUGCAAUUCCACCGAGGGCAAGAGGAGGACUAUGACCGGUGGGGAAGCCCUUUUGGACCCGAUUCCGAUUGGUCUUGGAAAGGCAUACUGCCAUAUUUUAAGAAGGCACUACAAUUCACCCCUCCGAAUCCAGAUACUGCAGCAGCGCUCAAUAUUGACUACGACGAGACUUACUGGGGCAACACUUCCAAUGUCCACGCGUCUUUCCCUACGUUUAAUUGGCCCAUGCUCAAAACUGAGAUGGCUGCUUUUGGAGACAUUCCGGGGGCCAAGUUCCCUCCUGACUCUGGUGCUGGAAAGCCGGGUGUAUUUUGGUACCCCACCUCUGCUGAUCCCGCGACCAUGACGCGUUCGCACUCCAGGACAGGUCAUUGGGAUAAUAUCGAUCGUGACAACUAUGAAACUAUUACAGGCUCCAAGGUGCUCAAGGUGUUUUUCGAGGGCGAAUCUGCCAGCGGUGUUGUGUUUGUUCCAAACAAUGCCAAGAGUGAUGUAGAUUCAACAACUGUAAAGGCAAGGAAAGAGGUUAUCAUUUCGGCCGGUACAAUCCACACCCCGCAGAUUCUGCAAGCCAGCGGCGUUGGCCCAAAGUCACUCCUUGAAUCUGCGAGCAUCUCAGUUGUGGCCGAUGUUCCCGGUGUAGGCCAAAACUUCCAGGAUCACCCAUUCCGAAUUGGUGUAACUUAUACAUCAAUUGCCCUAGAUGAUAACUUCACGGUCCAUCCCGACAGAACAGACCUCCAGCUCAACGCCACUUUUAAAGCACUGGCUGAUGCUGAAUUUGCUGCGAAUAGAUCAGGUCCCCUAACUAUUGCCUCCGGUAACGCCGCAUGCUUUUUGCCAUUCCCCGUGAUCGCCCCAGAAAGGUUCGGGGCUAUCGCUGCGAGUUACGAGAGCCAAGACCCUGCUUCAUACCUUCCCGUUGACUCCCACCCCACGAUUGUUGCCGGGUACGCUGCUCAACAGGCAUCAUUAGCCAAGGCCCUGCGAUCCUACAAGUCUGCAUAUUACAAUCUGUUCUUGGGUGGCGGCCCGAGCGAAGGUGCUCUUGUAUUUCUCCAUCCGGUCAGCCGCGGUACCAUCAACAUCGUCCCUUCCGACCCAUUUUUCACAGAGCCCGUCGUCGAUUAUCGCGCCUUGACGAAUCCAACUGAUAUAGACAUCAUGGUUGAAUUCAUAAGAUUCACAAGACGCUAUUUCGCCGUCCCUAGUCUGGCACAAUUCCAACCGCGGGAGACAGCUCCAGGUUUGAAUGUCACCAGCGAUUCGGAUCUCGCCGAGGUCGUGAAGAAUAAUAUAUCGCCCAGCACGUUCCACCCCGUCGGCACUGCCGCGAUGGCACCGCGGGAACUAGGAGGUGUUGUGGAUGAAGACUUGCUUGUAUAUGGCGUCAAGAAGCUUAGCGUCGUCGACGCGAGUAUCAUACCUACGCUUCCAGGUGCAUAUACGCAGGAAACUGUGUAUGCUCUGGCUGAGAAGGCGAGUUUCAAAACAUUUCUCUGA